UUUAGUGGGAGCCAUGUUCAAGUUGCUGGUUCUCUCUUGCCUUUUGGCUUUGGCGCUGCCUUCCCUGGCGGAAGUUGGCUGGUGGAAAACGGGUCAGUUCUACCAGAUCUACCCCAGAUCUUUCAAGGAUAGUGAUGGCAAUGGUGUAGGUGAUCUCAUUGGUAUUACCGAACAAUUGGCCUACUUGAAGGAAAUAGGCGUAACUGCCACCUGGCUGUCUCCUAUCUUCACCUCGCCCAUGGCUGAUUUUGGCUAUGAUGUGGCUGAUCUCAAGAACAUCGAUCCCCUGUUCGGUACCAUGGAGGAUUUCGAAGCACUGGUGGCUCGCGGAAAGGAGCUGGGCAUUAAGAUCAUCUUGGACUUUGUGCCCAACCACACGAGUGACGAGUGCGACUGGUUCAUCCGUUCGGCUGCCGGCGAGGCAGAGUACAAGGACUUUUACGUUUGGCACACCGGCAAGGUGGUCAACGGCAUCCGUCAGCCACCCACCAACUGGAUUGGCGUGUUCCGUGGCUCAAUGUGGACUUGGAACGAGCAGCGUCAGGCUUACUACCUUCACCAGUUCCAUGCUAAGCAACCCGAUCUUAACUACCGUAAUCCGGCUGUCGUUGAGGCCAUGAAGGAUGUCCUGCGUUUCUGGCUGCGAAAGGGAGCCUAUGGCUUCCGUAUCGAUGCUGUGCCCCAUGUUUUCGAGGUUGAAGCUGAUGCUGAUGGAAACUGGCCCGAUGAGCCCCGCAACGAGGCAGUCAGCGAUCCCGAGGAUUACACCUACUUGCAGCACAUCUACACCACCGAUCAGCCCGAGACUUUGGAACUGGUCUACGCCUUCCGCGAUGUGAUUGAGGAGAUUGAUGCCGAAUUGGGUGGUGAUGAUCGUGUCCUGCUCACCGAGGCCUACUCUCCGCUGGAAACCCUGAUGUUGUACUAUGGAAAUGGAACCCACCUGGGCUCCCAGAUCCCCUUCAACUUCGAGCUGCUGUCCAAGAUCAGCUACAGUUCCGACGCCUACCACUACUCGGAAUUGAUACACAACUGGCUGGACAACAUGCCCGAGGGACAGGUGGCCAACUGGGUUUUCGGCAACCACGACCAGAGUCGCAUUGGUUCCCGUUUGGGGGCCGAUCGCAUUGAUGCCGCCAAUAUGAUCGUCAUGGGUCUGCCCGGCGUGAGUGUGACCUACCAGGGUGAGGAGAUGGGCAUGACUGACGUUUGGAUCAGCUGGGAGGACACCGUGGACCCACAAGCCUGCCAGUCCAACGAGCAGGAGUUCGAACGACUCACCCGCGAUCCUGUGCGCACUCCCUUCCAAUGGAGCGACGAGCAAAACGCUGGCUUCUCCAAUGCCUCUGUCACCUGGCUGCCGGUAGCCGAUAACUACAAGUUGGUGAAUAUUAAGAAGGAGCGUGGAAUCGCCCUGAGCCACUUGAAUGUCUACAAGCAGCUGCGUGCUCUGCGAGAUGAACCCACCUUGAAGCAGGGCGAUGUCACGGUCACCGCCAUUGGUCCUAAUGUGCUGGCCUUCAAGCGCUCUCUGGCUGGCGAGAAGUCCUACAUCACCGUCAUCAACAUCAACGAUGAUGUCGAGUCGAUCAACUUGGACUCUGUUUUCACCUCCAUCUCUACUCAACUGCAGUAUGUGGUGGUCAACGAUAAGAGCUCACGUCGCAAGAACGAUCUUACCUUUGCCAACUCUGUGCUGCUGAUGCCCAAGGAGGCCGUUGUGCUGAGCACAGUCUAAACUUAUUUUAUAGGUCUUUAAUAAAGAAUAAUCAAAGGAAA